AUGCGCAAGGGAUCACAAGGAAGCGACGUGGUCAGCCGCCAGGUCAGCUCUCAUGAGGUGGCGGUUCGUGCCCACUCGCCUCACAAGGCUGUUGCGAUCUACAAGAAUCUUUCCACUCUACUGGGAACUACGCCCGUAGACGGGGGCUCUAUCGACGACUUCAAGUUCGGUGCUGCGCAGCUUUCAAGCCACGACAGAGAGUCCGAGAAUUCUCUGCGACUUUUUGUUUCGCAUGGACUGGCUUCCGCUGGAAUUGGACUUGCGAUCAGCUCGACCACAGACGCGACAAAAGGAGCUCAGGUGGUCUUCGCAACCUUGCAUCGCUUGCAGACCAUCGUGCUUUCUCAUCUGCACCGUACGUGGGACGAUUGGGUUGCGCACUUGUCGAAGUUCCACUUGCAAUUUGACAAGGCUGUGCAGAAGCAGAUGUGGCGCGAAGCCAUACAUCUCCAGGCAGACGCCAGUAGGCUGUGGAGCGAUAGCACGGACGCCAUGCAAGCUCAUGUCCAACUUGCUCACCAAUUGGCCAGCGCCCAUGCCGCAAAGUUCGCACACCUGGCGUCCAAGAAGAUGA